AUGUCUGAUGAGCAAGGUUCCCUGAUGGGAGGCCAGGAGCCAGUGGCGACCGGCUCCUGCUCCUGCCGUGCGUGCUCCAUUAAGCAGGUGGAGGAGGAGGAGCCCCCGAAGAUGGAAGUGGUGGUGGGGGUGGACAGCUGCUCUGAUGACCUCAGCUCCGGGGACCCCGAGCUAGACUGUCACCUCCUGGGUCAGACCGAGGAUGAGGAGAAGUGUCGGAACAUCCGCAAGCAAUACCGGCAGCUCAUCUACAGUGUCCAGCAGAACCGAGAGGACAUAGUGAACACGGCCAGCGACUCCUUAACCGAGGCCCUCGAGGAAGCCAACGUCCUAUUUGAUGGAGUGAGCCGAACGAGAGAGGCUGCCCUCGAUGCCCAGUUUCUUGUUUUGGCUUCUGAUUUGGGUAAAGAAAAAGCAAAGCAGUUAAAUUCUGAUAUGAGCUUUUUUAAUCAAGUAGCGUUUUGUGACUUUCUGUUUAUAUUUGUGGGCCUCAAUUGGAUGGAAGACGAAUGUGAUGAGUUGAGUGGUUGUGAUGACAAUAUCUCUCUUUCCUUUUGGGAGACAGUACAGAAGGAAGCAUCAUCCUGGAUAUUGCAAGCUGAAACAUUCCACUUUAUUUUUGGUUCAUUCAAGUCUGAGCCUUUUGUACGAAAGCCCCGACUUGAACAUCACAAAAAAUUUCGCAAAAUGGAAGGAAAUGGGGAUAUGCCUACAAAGUUGAGGAAGUUGGACCUGAGUACCAACCAAGAAGCAACAGAAAAAGAAGUAGAAAGAAUCUUGGGAUUGUUGCAAACCUACUUUCGAAAGUAUCCUGAUACUCCUGUGUCCUAUUUUGAGUUUGUGAUUGAUCCAAACUCUUUCUCUCGUACAGUGGAGAAUAUAUUCUACGUUUCUUUUAUUAUAAGAGAUGGCUUUGCAAGAAUAAGGCUUGACCAAGACAGGCUGCCAAUAUUAGAGCCAAUUAAUAUUAACCAAAUGGGUGAAGGAAGUGAUCCCAGUUCCUUUGGUAGGAAGCAAGGAGUUAUAUCUCUGAGUUUACAGGAUUGGAAAAAUAUUGUGGCAACUUUUGAAAUUUCAGAGGCUAUGAUUACAAACUCAUAUUAG